AUGCAGCAGCAGGACGCAUACCUAUUGCCGGCCAGUCCCGCGGGCGGUCGUCCGGCCACGGAUUAUCGCCCUAGUGUCAAAAAAGCCCAGGGUCACGUCCCCGCAUGUCUCGUGAACGCCUCGGUGACGUACUGCAGCAACGACCAUAUCUAUGCCUUCGGCGGAUUCGAUCAAUUUACCGAUGAAGUGUACAACCACGUCCUCCGAUUGGACUUGAAUACCCUUAGGUGGGAGUUAGUCGAUAACUAUGGAGAUAUUCCGGGUGUUCGCAUGGGACACACCGCCACCCUGCACCAGGGCAACAAAUUGAUUGUCUUUGGCGGUGAAAACGAACACCGCGAAUACCUCUCCGACGUUGUCAUCCUGGACCUUCAAACCUUUACCUGGACCCUACCUGAAAUUCGAGGCUCAAUCCCACGUGGUAGAGCACGCCAUGCCGCCGUUAUCCAUGACGAGAAACUCUUCAUUGUUGGUGGUGUGACCGGAGAAAAUAAUGUCAUUUUGGAUGAUCUCACCUAUUUGGACCUCCAAACUUGGACUUGGUCUCGAACAUGGAGCUUCACUGCUCGAUUUGACCACACGGCAUGGGUGUGGAGCAACCGCCUGUGGAUAUUUGGAGGACUCGGUCCUAAUAUGGAGCGAACAACUGAUAUAUGGUGGCUCGAUCUCAAAGGUUCCCCCUCUCUGGCUGGCAUCACCACACCCCAAGGUACCGUGGACUCCCUCGAUGAAAGAUUACCCCUGGCUCAUUACCCAGACCCCAUUUCUAGUCCGUCCACCCAACUGUCCCCUCGCUCUGGAAGCUAUGCCGCGAAUUCAGCCAGUGUCCAGGUGCGCAACUUUGGCCGACGUAAGCCACUUGCUCCGGGCGCCAUUUCCUGUCUUCGAUUCCAUUCCGGACCAAAUGUCCCCGCGUUGUUCUCCGGAACUCAUUUUCAAUCAUUCGCAUCGGGAGUUCUACUUGACCUAAUCACUCCAUCUGAGACUGUACGGUCGCAUGACUGUAACCUGGCUGCUUUGGAGCUCAAUUCUUUGCGUUGGCAACGACUAGCCGAUGGUCAUGAGCUUUUUCGCCCGGGCUAUCGUUGGCAUUAUUGCACUGUCAAUGAAGCGGGCACAAAAGCAUGGCUUUUAGGAUGUAGUCUUGACUUGGCAAAUACCCCAGGGGCUAGCGAUGAAAACCAUAUGAGUGAAAUUCUUUCCAUUGACUUAGAAAAGUAUGGCCUACUGGGGAAUAAUCUGUCGGCGGAGGUGCCUGAACAAGAUUCCUCCUGGCCUGAUCGGUCGGGUCAUUCUCCAGUAUCGGGGCUGGGGGCAGACAUUGCUUCUGUCUUUGACCAACCUCCCGAGUCGGGCAGCGGUGCUGAUUUCAUUAUCACUGCUAUCCGUGACGAUGAUGAUUUCAUGAGCUCAGAUGAUUAUCACGACGGCCCCUCUGCAUCCCCAGCUCAAGCCCAACCGACUUUUGUGGAACCUAACCAAUCCACAUCGGUACCGAUACACGUGCACAAGAUUAUUUUGCAACUGCGGUGGCCUCACUUCAAACGACUUUAUUCCGCACAAAUGGCGGAGUAUCAUACAAAGCGUAUGCACAUCCCUGAGCCAUACUCAGUCGUGCGUGCAUUUCUCUAUUACCUUUACACAGACAGCAUCGCUGGGCAUCCCGAAUUCUGCUCCAGUGUGGUUGAUGUGGCCGGUAUGCUGGUGAUGGCUAAUCUUUACGACAUGCCUAAGCUCCGUCUGCUUUGCGUCAACCGGCUAAGUCGUGAGCUUGAUGUGGAAAACGCUGCUAUUGUGUGGGAGCGAGCUGGACGAACCAAUGAGCAUUGGCUAAUGCGGCGGGCAGCCCAAUUUUGUCUAACUCAUUGGGGUCGGAUAGUGCGUACAGAUGGCUUCAAGUCACUGAGCCAUCAGAGUUUGAUUGGGCUCUGCGAGGUUGUGGAUACUGAAGGUCGCAUCAUUGCAGGCCCUGAAUUGGAAAUGGUCAGCUCCCUUGGGGAUGAGACUUGUGACCGAGACGGGAAAGGGUCUCGUCUGCGAUUAGGAUCUGCAGCCGAUGAAAUGUCGGAGGUUGAUGGGGAUGACGAAGGAAUGGAAAUUUCAUGA